GCCAGGGUUUAUUUUCGUCAAAACGUAGGGCAGAGCUAGCCAUGUUACCCAAACAAAGACCCUGCCGGGUCCUAGCGCUGGAUGGGUAACAUGUUGCUCUCCCUCCACUGGCUCCAUCUGCAUAGGAGUUGGCAUGAAAAAAUGACCGGCCCAACUAAUAUGGCCCAUUGUCCUUUGGAGUCUGCUGUUGGGGCUCAUGCAACUAGGGCUUGUCGACUGUUGCCACUUUUGAUCAGACCAAACCGGGCAGCGGGGACAUCAGGGCAGAAUGAAGCUAGUAGGAUGGCUGUGCCUGCCUGCCUGCCUGCCUGCAAGCCCGCCCGCUCGCCUGCAACUUCUUUCCGUCAGAAGCUAGGCUAGCUUGCUAAUAAGCGAGACAUCCAAAUGGUUGACUUGCUUAGCGUUAGCAUGCCAGCUCGAGGAUGGAUGAUCCUGAGCGUACACACCGACCACCCGGGUGAUAGAGGAGGAGUCUGAUGCUGCUGCCGCCGCCAUGCAAAUGCUGGCCCAGCCAGCCUUUGCUACUGUCAAAGGCCACUUUCCGUCUUAUUCCGGGGCUGAUGUGGAUGACUGCAGUAAAAAUGGCAAAAAGGCUGCAGAGGCAAUGUCACUCAGCAAGGAGGACAUGUCGAUCUUCGGCCUGUACCCCGGCUACGACGACUUCUACCUUGUGGUGUGUAGCCACUGUGCUCAAGUAGUGAAACCACAAGCGUUUGAGAAGCACUGCGAGAGGCGACACGGUCCUCUGGCCAAACUUUACGCCCGAAUACGUUCUCCGACCCCUCAGUCCCAGCAGAGGCCCCAUCACGGCCAUCCUCCUUCUCAGGGGACCAAUUCCAUUCCCGCUUCAGCGUGGGAUGGUCGAGGAGGCCAAGGCGGUGGCGGCAGCGGCGGAUCAGUAAGAGCAGCCCUACAAGCCCCUCCCACGCCACCUCAGCACAGACCUGCCAAAAACACAAAGGAUGGAGCCAGACAUUCCCCGCUGGAAAAACCCUCCCACAACUGCAGCAGUAGCAGCAGCAGCAGCAGCAGUAGUAGUAGUUGCAGCAGCAGCAGCAGCAGCAGCAGCUGCAGCAGCAGCAGCAACUGCAGCAGCAACUGCAGCAGCCACACAGAUUCAUCAGUGUUCAAGCAGCCGCCGCCUCUGGACUCUCCGAUUAGCUCGCCACCUUCAUCCAUCAGAGACCCCCCGUGGCCGCACGGAGGCACCCCGCCUGGUAGGCCUUCACCCUCCCAAAGAAAGGAUUCUUCUCCAGCAAGCCACCACCGUAUUCCCAGGCCAUACAACAAAGUGGCCUCCAAAAGAGAGUGUGACUUGGACAAACACUGCGGUGUCCUUGAUCCUGACAGAAAGAAAGUCUGCACUCGCCUUCUGACAUGCAAUAUCCAUUCCAUCCAUCAGCGUAGGAAGGUGCCGGGUCGCAGUAAGAAUUUUGACCAGUUAGUGGCUGAACUCAAGACAAAGGUUCGCGACAAGGGCGCACAAUCAGCGGAGGGAGGUUCCUCCUGCGGACGCUCCCCUAGCCCCGAGGCACCCGGAGAACAAGAUGGGGGGGCUCCACCCUGUCGGAGACCUUUGGCCAGCCUCCCCGCUUUCAGUCGCCCCACAGCUGUUUGGGAGAGCAGCCCUGAGGAUGACGGCCAAGCGCAAGAUGAGGGGAGCCCUCUUGUCCACGGAACAAUUUCCAGCGACGAAAGUGAGGCGGAAGGAACGGAGGACCCUGUUGAUUUGCCAUCUUCUGCUACGCACCCAAGACCAAUAGCAAUGUGCUCGUUUGGCAGCAUUGUUUUGGGCCACGGCAUCUACACAUUUGACAGACGGCUUCACCACUUGAGGUCAGCUUUUAGUAGCAUGCUCGAGCAGCACAUCAGCGCCCAUCUUUGGAAGAAAAUACCUCAAGCCAGCAGCCAUCCGUGUCCGACCCCCUCGCCCAAGAUUGGCCCCUCGUCGUCUCCCACUUCCUCGCUCUUGCAUUGUAAAGUCCGAUCAGCCGCUCAUACCAAGCCCCCCCUCAAAACCUCCUCGUCGUUCAGUCGUCUGCUGGGAAGACGCGCGACGUCCGAGAACUCUGCGAGUUGCGGGGGUGGCGCGGGAGGCGCUCAUCCGGCGUCUCCGGGUCAUCCCGUGGUGGCUGCGCAUCACGCCGGUCCGGGGCAGCCCAAGAAUCCGGUCGGGCGUCCUAGCAAGCAGAUGACCAAGCUGCGAGAGGACGCCGUGGCCGCCGCCACCGUCCGCAAAAGAAAAGCCCCAUCCCAGGAAGGGGAGCAUUCGGGCCCCAACAGGAACUGCGUUAGCCUCCAGGAUCGGGGGCGCCCGCCCUCCAUGGCCUCUUCUCCCAUUGCCGCCGCCCCCCCGUCCUCCUCCAAAGCCCCUAUUCUCUCACCUCUUCUCCACGGACAGACCAACGGUACGCUGUCGUCGCCCGGGAGCAAAGGCCGCCUCCAGCCCUCUCCGGCAGAGUCGCACUCAGCAGCCGCCAAGACAGUCUGGACCUACAGACGGACUCAUUCGGAGACUUCCUCCAUGAAAACGUCCUACUGUCGGAAUACAGUGGGGGACUCGGGACCGCUCGGUCAAGGGGGCGGGCGGGCGUCGGAGCACCAGGGUUUGAUGAAAAAACGCAAGGGGAUGGGCCUGGAGGAUCAGUCGCCCUCAGCGCAGCGCCUGGGCGUGCCGCCUUCCUCCUCCUCCUCCUCCUCCUCCUCGUCCUCCUCCUCCUCCUUGUCCACUCCCGCCUCCUCUUCUCCUCGCUCCAACUUCUACCCGUGGAAGGAAAGUAAGACUCCGGUCUCCGGCCUGGCUGGUGGCCUGGAGAAGAAGCUGGCCACACAGAAGCCAAAAGUGCACCAUUAAUUGUGCCUGCCUUGACGAGCCACAAGAGGGAGCCAGCUCGACUUGAUCCCAGACGGGCAGCUGGAUUGUGCCUGAGCACGUGCACGCUGUGUUCAUGGUGCUGUUUGAAAGGAACAUUUGGAAUGGAUGGCUAUGGACUUGAAAUACCUCAAAAUCAUCCAGUUAUGCUGCUAAAUGAAAUAUGUUGGUUUCUUAAAAAAAAAAAA